AUGGUCGCCCAGUCCCAGUUACGCGCUGACAACCUUCCGAUGGCGCCCAUCGCGCCGGAGUCGCUGACGAUAGGGCAGAUCCGCGCGGUGGUGCCUGCGCACUGCUUCAAGCGUUCGCUGCUCAAGUCGCUGCGCUAUCUCUGCACCGACCUGCUCAUGAUCGCCGCGAUGGCCGUUUCCGUCCGGUGGCUCGACCAGCAUCUCACGGACUUCGGCGUCCCGCGCUGGGUCGUCUCGUUCGUCGUGUGGCCGAUGUACUGGUGGUGGCAGGGCGCCGUCACGACCGGCGUGUGGGUCCUCGCGCACGAGUGCGGACAUCAGUCGUUCUCGCCGUGGAAGAGCGUCAACGACGCGUUCGGCUUGGUUCUGCAUAGCGCUCUGCUCGUACCGUACCACUCGUGGCGCAUCACGCAUUCCCAGCAUCACAAGAAUACUAAUCACACGGAGAACGAUCAGGUCUUCGUUCCGUCUACAAAGGAGCAGUACAACCAUAACCACGGUAUUCAGAUCGAGAAUGGAGUGCGCAAGUAUCGCCACGCCAUUCUGGAAGCCAUGGAAGAAACCCCAAUCGGCGAUUUGUUAGGCAUCUUGCAGAUGUUCACGUUCGGAUGGUGGGCUUACCUUGCGGCCAACGUUGCUGGUCAGAACUAUGGCAAGGGUGCCAAUCACUACAACCCCAAGGCGCCCAUGUUUUCGCUGCGCGAUUAUUGGGAUAUCGUUGUGUCGGAUAUUGGCAUCUUCGCCGCGCUAGGCGUGCUUGCGGGCUGUGUGCACAAGUUUGGCGCUAACAAUGUCGGCAAGUAUUACUUCAUGCCAUACAUGUUUGUUAACAUGUGGCUCGUGUUGAUUACCUACUUGCAACAUUCCGACCCCGCCAUUCCUCACUACACGCCGAAGGAGUUCAAUUUUGUGCGCGGCGCUCUGUGCUCAGUUGAUCGCGAUUACGGAAUCUACAAUAUCUUGCAGCACCACAUUGGCGAUACCCAUGUCGCCCACCACCUCUUCUCGCAGAUGCCAUUCUACCACGCUCAGGAAGCUACGGAGGCGAUCAAAAAAGUGUUGGGAGAUUACUACUAUAAGGAUGAUACUAACGUGUGGCAAGCUGUCCGACGCUCGUGGGCGCACUGCAAGUUUGUUGACCCCAACGAUGGCGAUAUCAUGUAUUAUCACAACUACAAGAUGGAGGAUUUGGCUGCCAAGGGGCAGUAAUUUUUCAUCGCUGCCCACACUACGCUUAUUCAACCUCGGAGAGUUUUAGAUACCAGUUUAGUUUCGGUGGUAUAGAAAUAGAACUCCUGCCUUCCGCUGUCUGCGGCAACAGUACUGCAGAGGAACGGCACACUAGUUUCGCUCCUGUUCUCACGAAGUAGACACUCGAUUCACCAGUGAAGCGCUCUUGCGUACGAGUUUGGUUUUGAGGGGGCACUGUCGUCAGAGUCACACGCCACCAGAAUCCACGCUGACGAUCACACGAGUAUAGAGAUCCAAUAAAUCUGCACAGCACACAAAAGAAAAUCUACCACCGAUCUUCUUUAUUUU